AUGGUACUUGAGGACAGUAAAGGUAACAGAAUUGGUCAAUGGACAAAUGUGUCUUCAACAAGCUGGAUUUUGCAGCGUUCUUAUGAAUUAAACCCGGAAAGCCAUCAAGGUGUGUACAGACUGAAGUCUUAUAUUGGUGACAGGAUGAUCUCACAUGAUUUUGAGGUGAAAAAAUAUGUUUUGCCUAAGUUUGAAGUUACUGUUACAGCACCAGAGACAGUGAGCAUAGAUGAUGAGUUAAUGGCAGUUGAGGUUUGUGGAAAAUACACGUACGGGCAGCCUGUAUCUGGUAAAUCAUGGGUGAAAGUGUGUCGUGAUAUUCCACGCUACUCUCACAGGCGUGACAAACACAGUCCAAUAUGUGUGAAUGAAACCGCUGAGAUGAAAAAGACAGGCUGUGCUAUCCAUACCUUAGAUAUAUCUACCUUUUUAAACUCAACAUAUAAUGAUCGACUAGAAAAUUCUCUUCAUGUUGAAGCAACAGUCACAGAAGAAGGAACAGAGAUCACCAUGACAAAAUCUGAAACUAUAUCUCUCACUUAUGAAAUUGGAAAAUGCACACUUACUGACCUGCCCAAAACAUAUGAACAUGGAUCAGUUAUAGAAGGAAAAAUCAAACUCUCAAAUUUCAAAGGCGCACCAAUACAAAACAAAGUGGUUUAUCUUUUGGAGGGUGAAACCUGGUCCUCAAAACUGCUCCUAAAUCUCACUACAGACAGCGAUGGACUGGCCAGCUUCUUUUUUAAUACGUCUAGUCUUCCUGAAAAAGAUAUUAAUCUGAUGGCAAGUGUGUAUCCAGCAUUUCAUUAUCAUGGUUACAAAACACCUUUCUUCUCUACGGAUAGAAAAACAGUUCAGCUUUUCCGGGCUGCCACUCCAUACACCCCAACAUUAAGUGAACUGAUUAUAGAGAAUAUUGAGCAACCAUUACAGUGUGAUGCUGAGUUUACAGUGACUAUCAAGUAUUAUUUUGUUGGAGAGACUGUUGAAGGCUUCAAAACUGACAUUGUCUAUAUGGUCAUGUCCAGAGGAGUGAUCGUUCAUCAUGGAUAUGAGAAGGUUGAAGUGAAGUCUUCUAAUGGAGCAGCAAGUGGCACAGUGUCGUUCAAACUGUCUGUUGGUGCAGAUCUGGCUCCUGCAGUGCAGAUUCUGGCCUACUGUGUUCUGCCCAGUGAAAAUGUUGUUGCUCGUAGCACAAAAUUUGACAUUGAAAAGUGUUUCAAAAACAAGGUGUCGCUGCGGUUUUCUCCUGCUAAAGCAGUUCCUGGUGAGAAAAACACUCUCCAGCUCUCAGCUCAGCCUGGUUCACUGUGCGGCCUCAGUGCUGUAGAUAAGAGCGUCCUGAUCCUGAAGCCAGGAGAACGUCUGGAUACUGACAAGAUCUUCAACCUGCUGCCAGUGCAAUCAGUGUCAGAUUAUCCUUACAGCGUUGAAGAUGAGCAGGAGUGUCUGCAUGUGAGACCCCGUCGAGCUGUACUGACAGACAACGCCUAUGAAUCCCUAAAGAAUGUGGGGCUGAAAAUGGCUACAAAUUUGGCUGUGCGAGUCCCUAAGUGUCUGUCAUACAAGGGCUUGACUUAUCACAGAUAUGAAGAUAUAGGGAUGCUUGUGUAUUACAGUCGAUCUGGUAUAGCGUUUGAUUUGAAUGAAGGAGACUCCUCAGUUGAAGUGACAGUUCGUACUGUCUUUCCUGAAACAUGGAUUUGGCAACUUGCUGCAGUUGGG